AUGAAGUUUUCAAUUCUUACAAUUUCUUUGACCCUUCUUUCUGCCGUAAGCGCACUUCCAAGGGGCUUUGAGAAGAGACGCUUCGGUCAAGAGCAUACUCCUCGAGCUGACGCUGACUUCCAGGCCAUGAAAGAUAUUUCGAAUGGUACUGGAUUCGAAGCUCAGCUCGGAGAUUUAUCUGGCGCCGCGGUAAGAGCUCUGUUGGCUAAGGCCGGCGCUUGCGAUCAACAGGAUGUUGCAGACCAAUGCGUCGACAUUGCGCAUCAAAUUGGUCAGAAGUUUGCAAGCUCAUUUGGACCACAAAAGGAAAGUGACCUUAUUAAAGUUUGUCAGGAUUAUCGAACACUCGAGCGCAACACUCCGAAUGUCGGACAACCUUCUGAACUUUGCAAUAGACCACCGAGAAAUAAGGAACUUCAAGGUUUAGUUCAAGCUCAGGAUCCGGGUACUACCACCACCACCCCUACCCCCACUACCACCCCUACCCCCACUACCACCCCUACCCCCACUACCACCCCUACCACCACUACCACCACUACCACCACUACCACCCCUACCACCACUACCACCACUACCCCCACUACCACCCCUACCGCUACCGAUAACUCAAAUACGAACCCUAGCUCCUGCAACACCCCUCCUAAAAAUUCGGUCAAUAAUCAGGCUUUCACAAAUCCCGUUGGAGGUGUUCAGAUGCCAUUAAUCCAAAAGUUGGCUCCUGGUUCUGGUGCUAACUUUGAAGUCAACGGCAGUAAAUUCCAAAACAUCGGUGCUGCCCAGAACCGUCAAUGUGAUAUUCAACAUAAUCUCUGCUUUAACAAGUUUAAUAGCGGAGAUCAUAGUUUCCAAGGAUCGGAUUGUGACAACCAGGAUAACGUAUGUAAAGCUGGUGACCCAGUAUUUUCCAGCUAG